AUGUCAACUAUUGAAGCAAAAGUUGUUCUUCUUGGUGCGACAUCUGUUGGUAAAACAUGCAUUGUUACCCGUGCAACAUCAAACUUUUUCGAUCCCGAGCAAGUUUCUACAGUUGGUGCUUCAUUUUCAGCAAAAACUCUUCAAAUCGACGAUACUACAGUAACUCUUAGAAUUUGGGAUACUGCAGGCCAGGAAAGAUUCCGUGCUCUCGCCCCAAUGUAUUAUCAGGGUUCUCAGGCUGCAAUUAUAGUAUUUUCUUUAGAUUCAACUGAUUCAUUCGAAGAUGCAAAUCAAUGGGUUGACGAGCUUGGUCCACACUUUGACCAGAUGCCACUCCUUUAUUUAGUUGGUAAUAAGGCUGAUCUUGUAGAUAACCGUACCGUAAAGCUCGAAGAAGCUCAGGAGCGUGCUGAUAAAAUGGGCGCUCUCUAUUUCGAAACAUCUGCUAAAACAGGUCAGAAUAUUGAUGAGCUUUUCGCAUCAAUCGCCGAACGUAUUAAAUCCGCUGAGAAGCCAGUUGAUCCAAAUCCAGAUGUUAACUUUCCGGGAGGAAGUACUAGCAGUGGUAAGAAGAAAUGCUGCUAA